UAAAAGCGGGUGACAUUGGCUCAGGCGGUAAGAGCGGUCGGAUCCCACUCCCUGGGUGUGUCGAAGUGUCCCUGAGCAAAACACCCAACCCCCCGGAUUAUGUGAGUUAGGGUGGUAAGACAGAUUUGUCCUGAACCACACAGUGAAAUCCAGAGAGAUCUGAGACACACUAACCAGAACCACACAGCGGAAUGUGUAGUUUUUAUCAAACAUAUUCCAGCUGUGGAUCAAUUGACCUUCUCUUUAAAAAACAUGGUGGAUCUCUCUAUAACAAAAGUCCAUGCACCCUGGGAGGUGUGUUAUAUGAGUUUUAUGAGCUGCAGAAAGUCUGCUCUCUCUCUACAGUCCCUGCUCUGCUCAGCCUGGCCUCAGUCCAACACCACUCCUCCUGCAGCUGUGGGCAGAACCAGGGAGUCCCUCCCUCUCUCUCUCACACAGUUUCAGAGAAAACAAUUGGAGGAACAAAACGUAACUCUGCCUUAAAUAGCAGAGAUCAGGAGAAGGCUGAAGUGAGUCGGGCUGAAGGACUCCUGGAGCGACAGGAGCAGGAGAUUGCUGAGCUGAGGAGGAGAGACGCUGAGCUGAAGCACCUUUCACACACAGAGGAUCACAUCCAUUUCCUCCAGAGCUGUCAGUCUCUCUGUGUCCCUCCUGGACCUGGAGACUUACCCAGCAUCACUGUCAGUCCACACAUCUCUUUUGAGGCUGCGAGGAAAUCUGUCUCUGAGCUGAAAGAGCGACUGGAGGACGUCUGCCAGGGGCAACUGCUGAAAAUGGCUGAAUCAGUGAAAGAAGUACAUAUUGUAGAGCUCAGGACCAGAGAGGAUUUCUUACAGUAUUACUGUCACCUCACACUGGACCCCAACACAGCAAGUAACUGCCUCUACCUGCCUGAGGGGAACAGAGAGGCUAACCGUUUGAGGGAGCUCCAGUCCUAUCCUAUCUAUCUAUCUUUCUAACGAUUUG